AAACAAUCCAACCCCUAAAAUAUACCAACCCUCACUCAUCUCUCUCCCCCUCUCACCUCUCAAAACAAUGAAACUCAUCAAAAUCAUCUUGACCAUCGCCAUAACAAUGGCCAUAACCAUCACUCUCACCAUGCAAAACAUCGGGAACGUCGAGGAGACACCUUCAUCGUCCACGUCGCCAUUCGAGAAUGGAUAUCCUACUCAUGAUAACACGAUCGUCUUGCCUACUAAACGGGGCAGCCGGUUUCUCGCAGAGGUGAAGAACCCUAGAGCUGCUGAUCACUGCCACAAAGAUAAUGAAGUCUGUUACGCUCAAGGCCAGAACGCGACAUGCUGCAACAACAAGUGCAUGGACUUAUCGACCGAUGACAAAAACUGCGGUGCCUGCAAGAAUAAGUGCAAGUACACAGAAACUUGCUGCCGCGGCGAGUGUGUGAAUCUCUCAUUCGAUAAGAGGCAUUGUGGCUCCUGCAACAACCGGUGCCCCACGGGGGAAUAUUGUGUUUAUGGAAUGUGUGAUUACGCAUAAUAUUGAUGAUGAUGAUGAUUGAAUGAUACGGUGCGUUUGAGUUCGUGAGGUUCGUAAUUUAUUCUUAAUACAAUAAAAUAGCCACUUUAAAACUUGGUGGUUUCUCAAAACAUUAUAGUUUAUAAAAAUUAAUUACGUCUCUUAAAAAAAUCAUUUGAAUGUUUCGAUUGAUAUCUAAAUGUAAUUCUACAAAAGAAGUACUAUAAGAAAUAUGUAUUUGACUACAUUUUCAUUAUUAAUUUAGCUUAUACAAUUUUUGGCCAAGGGGAGAUACUUGAAAGUGUAUA